AUGUCGAUCUCCGGUAAACACUCGAUUUCUACAACCCGAGUUUUGAGCUCGUCAUUGAAAGAUAGAGAUAGAGAUAAAGUCUCUAGAACUCUUCUCAGCUCAAUCGCGCCUGUGCAUCGAUUAAGACAGAAGGAUGUUGCUGUGAAAAUUCUCAUGGAGCAAGACUUGUGGUAUGAGAAGUUUGUUUCCGACAAUAGGGUCAUGUUGAAAUGUUGUCUGAAGUUGGAUAAUUCUCAGGUUAUCUCGGUGUUAGCCUUGAAGUUUGCAGUUGGAUGCAAAACAUGUCAAGAAGCGAUCAGCGAUCAAUGCUCUUCCUCAGUUUAUGGUUGUUGUCAUCAACGAUAUAAAGUUGGAGGAGUCGAGCGGCUAGAAACAUCUGACAAUGCAGAAGCCAGAGGUGCAAGUUGUCUUAAGGUGCAGACUGAUCUGCUGUUGGCUUUACAGGAGGAAUUGCUUUAUCCAAGUCGAUUGCGUCUCCCAUUCAUUUGUGCCUUCGAUUUCGUCGAAACUGACCAUGUCUCUUCACUGGAUUUCAGAUCCAACUACGCUUAUGAGAUGAUCUUACAUCUGGUUAGCUGGAUUUCACUGAAAACUGUAAUAUGUCAUAGGACUUUAACAAAUGGAUGGAUUCGUGCUCCCACCUCUACACUCACUGAAACGGCAACGUGUUUAGAGUUCCUUAACGGAUCGGUCAGAUACGCUCUGUUUGGAGUCUGCUCAGGAAGAUGUGGUGUUAUGAAAUCUAAGUGA